AUGAACCCUCCACGGAAUCGAAAGCAGCGCCGUGCUGCCGCAGUGACCGAGUCGUCCCCUAGCGAAUCCGAUUUUCCUCUUGCCCACCCUCCACGCAACGAUGCACCAUCAACAGGGAAAGCACCGAAAAAGCUUGUUGAUAUUAUCGCUGAGCGUCAAAAUGAACUCCUCCAGCGGCAGACAGGCAUCCCCGUGUCAGGAUCCGAAAUACCACAAUCUAUGAAGUCUACGGGCACGCGAUUCGUGACGGUCGACGCGUCAGGAGAUCUCGUGGAGACCGACGCUGCGAUCGACGACGAGAUAGCGCAGAGCAUCGGCGGACAGAAGGAGGAAUCCAAAAAAGAAGAGGAUGUGGAAUCAGAUGUCGACAAGCCUCUCCCUCCUCUACUCGAUACCAUCCUAUUAUCGAUUCCUCUAACAACCCUUCACCUCACCCUCGCCUACCUGGCCGCACACCAAUACGCCGAAUCCACCAACGUUCCUCGCCUCAUCAAAGAUGCCUUGAUUGGCACCUUGCCACUUUUGACAUUCCUCGUCCAUCUCUUCCACGGUCAUAUAUUCUCCAUCCGACUCCCUGUGCGCUGGAAAUUUCUGAACCCGCAGCCUGUCUCCAUUGUUCCGCUCACGCGGGACAAGUUCAGCUUGUCAUUCCUAGGACGCCUUAUAUUCCCACCGACCUUGCGAACAGUUGUAUACCUGCCUGUUGCUAUAAUGCUGGGAGCUCAUUUGAUUACUAUUACAAAUGAGGAUCCCUAUUAUGCUGUUAUGAAAAAGGCACCGGCUUUUGGUACGGUAUGGAUCUGGUGCAUUCUUGAAAUGUCCUUUGGUGCAGCGGUUCUGGGAUCUCUGGGGCCUUUGAUUUGGGGAGUCUGGUGGAAGGGAUAUGUUAUUUUUUAA